ACCAGAGCUCUCCAGGCGGCGCCAUUUCUGUGGCGGGAGUGGUGGUUCGGCCUGUGAUCAUGGCGCUGUUCCCGGCCUUUGCGGGCAUAAGUGAAGCCUCCAGUGGCGAGGCAUCCAGGAAAGAAUUAGACUGGCUGAGCAACCCGAGCUUCUGUGUUGGGAAUCUAACGUCUCUGAGCCAGCGAACCGAAGAGGUUGCAGCCCUUGCUUCUGAAGGGCCACCACUGACGAGGAGUCCUCUGAAGUCAGAGCCCUCAGAUGACAGUGACACUGGCCAGAAGCUCACACAGAUAAGCAGAAAGAAGAAGAAAGAGAAAAAGAAGAAAAAGAAACAUCAGCACCGCAAGAAAGCCAAGAGGCGACAGGAGCAGUCAAGCAGCAGUGGGUCUGAGUCGGACACAGAUUCUGGGAAGGACAGGUCUUCCCGGAGCAUCAGGGAUGGUCAGAAGGAACCUGAGAAACCCAGUCAAGGAAGUGAUGCUGCUGCUGCUGCUGCACAUAGCUCCAUUUGGCUGGAAGAUGUUCAGACUCUGACAGCCGUCUUCAGGACAGAUAAGAAACCAGAUCCUGCCAAUUGGGAGUAUAAAUCUCUGUACCGAGGGGACAUAGCAAGGUACAAGAGGAAGGGAGACUCCUGCCUGGGCCUCAAUCCGAAGAAACAGUGUAUAUCUUGGGAAGGGGCUUCCGCAGCAAAGAAGCGUCCACACAAGCCCCCGGAGCGCUAUUUUACCAAGAAGAGUGUGGGACUGCUGCGUGCUGAGGGAAUCGCCGUGUGCAGUAACCCUGAGCCUCCCUCCUCUGGGCUAGUCACGUUCAUCCCAGUCAAGGACUCUGCUGAGGUGGCUGCUCCUGUUCCAACGUGGUUGAAUCCUCUGGGGAUUUAUGAUCGGUCUACCACGCAGUGGUUACAAGGACAGGGUCCAGCAGAGCAAGACACAAAGCCGCCAGAGUCACAGCAGGACAGGGAGAGUGCUGUGCUUAAGGCCAGAGUGGAGGAGUUUAACAGAAGGGUUCGGGAGAAUCCGAGGGACACUCAGCUGUGGAUGGCGUUUGUGGCUUUCCAGGACGAGAUCAUGCGGAGCCCUGGCCUCUAUGCCCUCGAGGAAGGAGAACAGGAGAAGCACAGGAAGUCCCUGAAGCUCCUCCUGGAGAAAAAACUGGCUGUGUUGGAGCGCGCCAUCGAGAGCAACCCCAGCAGUGUGGACCUGAAGCUCACCAAGCUGCAGCUGUGCACGGAGUUCUGGGAGCCCAGUGCACUGGCCAAGGAAUGGCAGAAGCUCCUCUUCCUGCACCCCAACAACACAGGCCUGUGGCAACGCUACCUCUCCUUUUGCCAGAGUCAGUUUGGCACCUUUUCUGUGUCCAAACUCCACAGUCUAUAUGGCAAGUGCUUGAGCACCUUGUCGGCUGUCAAGGACGGCAGCAUGCUAUCCCACCCCGUGUUGCCAGGCACCGAGGAGGCCAUGUUUGCGCUCUUUCUUCAGCAGUGCCACUUUCUACGGCAGGCUGGCCACUCAGAGAAGGUCAUCUCUUUGUUCCAGGCCAUGGUUGACUUCACCUUCUUCAAGCCUGACAGUGUGAAAGAGCUGUCUACUAAAGUACAGGUAGAAUUCUUUGAACCAUUCUGGGACAGCGGAGAGCCGCGUGUUGGGGAGAAGGGAGCCCGAGGCUGGCGGGCAUGGAUGCACCAGCAGGAGCGUGGUGGCUGGGUGCUUGUCAACCCAGACGAGGAUGAGGAGGAGCCAGAAGAGGAUGACCUGGAGAUAAAAGACAGGGCUCUCCCCAGGUGGCAGAUCUGGCUUGCUGUUGAGCGGUCUCGAGACCAGAGGCACUGGCGUCCCUGGCGCCCUGAUAAGACCAAGAAGCAGACGGAGGAAGACUGUGAGGACCCCGAGAGACAGGUGCUGUUUGAUGAUAUUGGACAAUCCCUGAUCAGACUUUCCAGCCCGAGUCUUCAGUUCCAGCUCAUCGAGGCCUUCCUGCAGGUCCUGGGCGUGCCUUCUGGCUUCCUUCCGCCAGCCUCCUGCCUUUACUUGGCCAUGGACGAGAGCAGCAUCUUCGAUAGUGAACUUUCUGAUGAAAAGCCUUUGACUUACUUCAACCCUUCUUUCUCGGGCAUUAGUUAUGUCGGCUACAUGGAACAGUUGGGCUGUCCUCGCUGGACCAAAGGUCACAACCGAGAGGGCGAGGAGUUUGUCCGCAACGUCUUCCACCUCGUGCUGCCUUUGUUCUCAGGCAAACAGAAGUCCCAGCUCUGCCUCUCCUGGCUACGGUACGAGAUUGCGAAGGUCAUUUGGUGUUUACACAAUAAAAAGAAGCGAUUAAAGUCUCAGGGAAAGAACUGCAAAAAACUAGCCAAGAAUCUCCUUAAGGAGCCAGAAAACCGCAACAACUUUUGCUUGUGGAAGCAGUAUGCACACCUGGAGUGGUUGCUCGGCAACACAGAAGAUGCCAGAAAAGUGUUUGAUACAGCACUCAGCAUGGCAGGCAGCAGCGAGCUGAAGGACUGUGAACUCUGUGAACUCAGUCUGCUCUAUGCUGAGUUGGAGGUGGAACUGUCACCUGACUCGAAAGAAGCCACCACAGGCCGAGCUGUCCAUGUAUUAACACGACUGACGGAGAGCAGUCCCUAUAGGCCCUAUGCUGGGCAGGUCUCAGCCACUCAGGUUCUGAAAGCUCGCAAGGCUUAUGAGCGUGCUCUGCAGGACUGUCUGGGACAGAGCUGUGCCUCCAGUCUAGCUACUGAAGAGUCCUGGGACUGCCUGGGCAGCUUGGUCAAAUGCUUUAUGCUCUUCCAGUAUUUGACUGUAGGGAUCGAUGCUGCUGUGCAGAUAUAUGGACAGGUGUUUGCCAAGCUGAAGGGCUCCGUUCUAGAAGGCCCUGGGCCCGAGGACAGCACCAGCUCCCAGAGUUUGACCAGUGUUCUUGAGGCUGUCACCCUGAUGCACACAAGUCUGUUGCGAUUCCACAUGAAGGUUAGUAUGCACCCUCUGGCUCCACUCCGAGAGACGCUCUCAGAGGCUUUGAGGCUGUAUCCGGGCAAUCAAGUUCUUUGGAGGGCUUAUGUACAGAUUCAGAAUAAGUCCCACAGCGCUAACAAGACUAGAAGAUUUUUCGACACUGUCACCAGGUCUGCCAAACACUUGGAGCCUUGGCUGUUUGCCAUCGAAGCUGAGAAGAUGAGGAAAAGGCUGGUGGAAUCUGUUCAGAGGGUAGGUGGUAGGGAGGUCCACGCCACAAUCCCCGAGACUGGCCUCACGCAUCGGAUCAGAGCCUUGUUUGAAAAUGCAAUUCGGAGCGACAAGGGCAGCCAGUGCCCCCUGCUGUGGAGAAUGUAUCUGAAUUUUUUGGUUCCCUUAGGAAACAAGGAAAGAAGCAAAGGCGUGUUCUACAAGGCCCUCCAGAGCUGUCCUUGGGCAAAGGUGCUGUACAUGGACGCCAUGGAGUACUUCCCAGACGAGCUGCAGGAGAUCCUGGAUGUGAUGACUGAGAAGGAGCUGCGUGUCCGCCUGCCCUUGGAGGAGCUGGAGCUACUGCUGGAGGAUUAGAGUGUAGCCAGCGGCUGUGCAGGGCAGAGCGGGGACAAGGGGCCC